CCUCUAACCUGUUGCUAGCCCAGUCCUCCUCAAACUUCUCGCGUACCUUCCCCAUGAGGGAGGCAACAUCCAGUUCUUGCGUAGUAAUGCGUAAUCUGCUUUGCGACAACGCUAACUCAUGCAAGAUUGAAAUUGAAUCCACGCGGUGGUGCCUGGUUUUGCGCUGUGCGUCGUGAGGAGACAGGGGACCCGCCUUGCCGACGGCACGGAGUGUACAAACAUGGCGGGACGGUUCCAGGAGCAAGCGGAGUACGGCGUAGCCGAACUGUAUGCGGCCACAGGCGGCUUUCACAAGCUGUGCUUGAUUGGGGAAGGAGGCUUCGGCAAGGUUUACCGAGCGAUGAUCAACUAUACCCCGGUCGCCAUCAAGGUGCUGGACAAGCAGGGGCUGCAGGGUAUGGCGGAGUUCCUGAACGAGGUGCGCCUGGCCCGCAGCAUCCAGCACCCGCACGUGGUGCGCCUGCUGGGCUUCACGGGGGACGCCGCCAAGGGCGCCAGCCGCGGCAGCGAAGGCAACGGCACGCAGUGCCUUGUGUAUGAGCUGCUCACCAACGGCAACCUGGAGGACCGCCUGCUGCGGAGGAUGGCGUCCACACCGCCGCUGCUGUGGCCCACCCGCGUCAAGGUGGCAGCACAGAUCGCGGACGCUCUGCAGUACCUGCACAGCCUGGGCAUCGUGCACCGCGAUAUCAAGCCCGCCAACAUGUUCUUGGACUGUAACAUGGACGCUAAGCUCGGUGACAUCGGCCUCGCGUCACUGGACGGCUGGCGCGCGGGCGCCAGCCGCGCCGCUGAUGAGAACGCGGUGGGCACGUGGGCCUACCUGGCGCCCGAGUACAAGACCGAGGGCCGCAGCAGCCCGUCCACUGACGCCUGGGCGCUAGGGCUGUGCCUGCUGCAGCUGGUGCUGGGGAGAGACCCCAAGGACAUUAUUCGUGCUGUGCAGCAGGCACUGGAGGAGUGCAAGCUCCCGCAGGUUGUGGACGCCAGUGCGGGCGCCUGGGACAUGAAGGUGGCUGAGCGUAUGCUGAAGCUGGGGCUGUGGUGCUGCAUGCACGACGCCAGACAACGGCCGGCAGUCGCCACAGUGCACCAGGAGCUGGCCCGGCUGGCGGGCACGCUGCAGAGCCAGGGGUUACUGGAGUGAUUGAGGACAGCGGGAAUCGUCAUCAUCCUUGCUAGGUGCUGAAAGCAGGCAGGGAUAUGGAGGAGGUGCAGCGCGUGAUCUUCUGCUAGGUGUUGACUGCGCGCGGGCUGAUCAAGCCAUAGGACUGAUAGAAGCCCUUUAGCGCAUAUAUUGCGUGAUGCAACAAGGCGGAUAAUGUCUACAAAGGAAGGGGCAGUAUGAACUAUCCCAGGUAGUGAAAUCGAUUGGUGACACCGGCACUGGACGGCUGGUGCGCGGGUGAGCGGGCCGUGAGCGGCAUGGCGGGAUAGUACUGAAUGCCGUGUGGUGAGCAACGGACGAUGGGCGCCCGUGCGGGGCAACGGGCCUUGGUGCUUGCUGCAUCAAGGUAAGAAUGAGAAAAGGAUGAGACGG